AUGACAGACAAAGGCCAAUUUGAGCGAGGUCACGAGAUCCCGAUCUCCAAGCAGGACUUCCCUGGGUUGGAGACCAAGAUGCCAUACCCCAGGCCUCUUUUUGACGAGAUUCCGACCGAUGAUGGCAAGAGCCAAAAGUACAAGGCAGCUGGGAAGUUGAAGGGCAAGCAUGCCAUUAUCACUGGUGGUGACUCGGGGAUCGGACGGGCAACAGCCAUUAUUUUUGCGAUGGAGGGGGCCGAUUCCCUUAUAACAUACCUUCCAGAAGAAGAGGAUGAUGCGCAGGAGACGAAGAAGCGAGUUGAAGCGUAUGGUCAGGCAUGCUUCCUUCUGGCUAUUGACCUCCGAGAUUCGAGGAACUGCAGAAGGGUGGUUGAUGAAGCAGUCAGAGCCUGGAAAGGAAUCGAUAUUCUGUUCAACAAUGCCGCCUACCAGAUGGAGAUUGAGGACAUCAGUCAGCUUUCUGAGGAACAGUGGCUAAACACAUUCAACACAAACAUUCACCCUUACUUCUACCUCGCCAAGUACGCGCUUCCACACAUGAAGCGGGGAGGUACGAUCAUCAACAAUGCCAGCAUCAAUGCUUAUGUUGGGCGCCCCGACUUGCUCGACUAUACGGCAACCAAGGGAGCCAUCGUGUCGUUCACACGCGGGCUAAGCAAUCAGCAAAUUGGGAAAGGAAUCCGUGUUAACGCGGUGGCUCCUGGCCCAGUAUGGACGCCGUUUAUUCCGGCCACAAUGACCGAGGAGAAGCAGAAGCAGUUUAUAAGCCCGAUGGGGAGGCCUGCUCGUAAGGACCUCCGCAUCUUGCAGGAUCUCGUGGAUUGA